UGGGGCUGAAUUACUAUGGAGGACUGUGUACUCCAACUGCCCAUAUUAACCCAGAAUUAAUGUCUGGGGUGCUUUGUUCGCCCCCUUGAUGGAUGCUCUAGACUUUUCCUGACUUGGAGAUUUUGAUUGAGUCUCUUCUUUCCCUCUCCAGCAUUAGAUGCUACUCUAACCUCUGAGCAUGCUGUAUCUACAUUCCUUCAUGUUGUUUCUUUCGUUUUCAACCUAAUCUCGAGCUGCAAAAAGCUCACUAGCAUUCCCUCGCCCAUUGUCCUUCCUUCCAAUUUCUUAACUAAGGCCACUUUUGUGGUUAUUCUCUCUCUCUUUACACUAUGCUUUGCGUUCGAAAAAGCUAUUUUCUUCCAACAUUUGUCUUAGUCUUCCUUACGUAUAUCCUUUUCUCUAGUCUACCGCCAGGCGCGGAAAUACCGUACAUUGACGACCCCGCAGAAUAUGGACCUCCUCCAAGGCCUCCUCGAAAAGGCAACGACUUAAUUCAUUAUAGAAAUCCCACUGAGCAACACCCUGUGGAAGAAUAUAUCCCCCUUCCAACAGCUGCCCCAUCUCCCAUUCCCCGCGUCCAAUAUGAAUUUCCGGCGGAAUCAUGGUUGACUCGCAGAAGAAGGGUGAAGAAGCAGAACGCUGUGCGGAAUGCCUUCAAACACGCAUGGAAAGGAUACAAGAAACAUGCAUGGCUACGGGAUGAGCUGUCGCCCCUCAGUGCUGAAUACCGAGAAUCAUUUGGUGGAUGGGCAGCUACCCUGGUUGAUUCUCUCGAUUCACUUGUCAUCAUGGGGUUGACGGACGAAUUCGAAGAUGCGUUGCAAGCAAUUGAACAGAUUGAUUUUUCGACCACUGGUGCCACGCAAAUCAAUGUUUUCGAGACGAAUAUCCGAUACCUAGGAGGCUUUCUGGGAGCUUACGAUUUAACUAACGGAAGUUACCCCAUACUUUUGAAGAAAGCAGUAGAGGUUGCCGAUCUGAUAUAUGGCUCAUUUGAUACUCGCAAUAGAAUGCCCCAGUCUCGUUGGGAGUGGACGCGGUCGGCUCUAGGAAUGGGCAUCCAGCCCAGCCGCAACACCAUUCUUGCCGAGCUGGGUUCCCUAAAUCUAGAAUUCACCCGAAUGACGCAGUUGACCAAGGACCCAAAGUAUUUCGACGCGAUUCAAAGGAUUGCCGAUAAGCUGGAAUCCGCACAAUUGCACACCCAAGUACCCGGUUUGUGGCCUAUGAUGGUCGAUGCACAUGAUAUGGAAUUCAACGAUCCUCGAUUCACUGUCGGUGGAAUGGCCGACUCCACUUAUGAGUAUCUUCCAAAGGAGCAUAUAUUGUUGGGGGCGCAGACGAAUCAAUACCGGAAAAUGUACGACGCGGCGAUGAACUCUAUUAAGAAGCGGCUGCUUUUCCGGGGCAUGACCAAGGAUGGGAAGGACAUCAUGUUCGCAGGCAAUAUCCGUGGUACUUCUAAAACCGUCAUUGAACCUCAGUUUGAACACCUGAAGUGCUUUCUCGGAGGGACUGUAGGCAUAGGAGCCAAGGUGUUUGACCGCCCCGAGGAAUUAUCGAUCGCGCGCAAAUUGACCGACGGUUGUAUUUGGGCAUAUGAUAUUAUGCCGACAGGGAUCAUGCCCGAGGCGCUAUAUGUCAGUCCCUGCAAGAAUAUGGAUGACUGCGAGUGGGAUGAGCAGAAAUGGCACACUGAUAUUCUUCGUCGUUUCGCCAAAUACUCCCAAGGGGAAGAAGCCGCCCAGAAAAUCAUCAGCAGCAAUAAACUGCCACCAGGCGUGACUGAGAUUCCAGAUGCAAGGUAUAACUUGAGACCGGAGGCUAUUGAAUCUGUUUUCAUUAUGUACCGUAUCACGGGAGACAAGGAACUGCAAGAUGCUGCAUGGCGGAUGUUCCGUAGCAUUGAGAAGAUGACCCUGACUCGCUACGCGCAUGCAGCUAUCUCGGAUGUGCGAAACCCCGAGUCGUCACAGCUGGACUAUAUGGAAAGUUUCUGGCUUGCAGAGACGCUCAAGUACUUCUACCUUAUUUUCUCUGAACCGGACGUCGUCAACUUGGACGAAUACGUACUGAACACCGAGGCACACCCAUUCAGACGUCCAACUGCGUGAACAUGAUGCGGUAGCCUUUUUGCCUUCAUUCCUUAUUUCUCUUAUAUUUGGUUAGAUAAAGGGUUCUUCGGCGCACAGGAGUUACACGGAGGUAUAAAUUAGCAGGACUAAAUUCCAUCUACGGAUAUACCUAUCAUAAGAGAAGAUUAUAAUAAAGAC